UUGACCAAGGAGAAUGAGGAAAAAACUGUCCAUCAGGAGUAUGAUCUUACUUUCUAAUGGAGCAAAAAAUAAUCAGAAAUAUCAAUGAAGCGUUCAGCUGAAGGAAGGAGAUGAAGAACAUGAACUGGAUCAUCAGUUUCAUGCUUUACGGUCUGUUUUUUCGUUCCUCUGUGUUCUCUAAUGCUGAUACAGAGGUCUCCUGUCAGGUACACAAGACUUGUAUCUUACCCUGCAGUUUCACAGCCCAUGAUGACGUUGUCAUCCACUGGAUUCAAGAGACUCCACCAGAGUCCCGGGUUCACUCCUACCAUCACAAACAAGACCGACUGAGAGAGCAGGCCCAGAGGUUCAGAGGAAGAACAUCACUGUUUGAGGACCAGAUCUCCAGAGGAAAUGCUUCAAUGCUGCUGAGACGAGUGAAGGUUCAGGACCAGGGCAGAUAUCUGUGUAACAUCAGCACCAUCACUGGAAAUAAGGAGAACUUCAUCAACCUGAAUGUGAACGCUCCAGUCCAGAACGUCAACAUUGCGCAGGUACAAAAUAAAAUCACCUGCAGCUCAGAGGGGAUCUAUCCUGAACCUGGACUCACCUGGACCACCAAUCCUCCAUCCAGCAUGAACCUGCAGAACCCACCAACAGUCCAGCAGACUGAACAGCAGCUUUACAGCAUCAGCAGCUCUCUGAUACUUUCAGACGGAGAUAGUGACCUGGACUACAUCUGCAACGUCAGCACUCCAGCAAACAGCAGGAGAUCCACUUUGCUUCAACUAGCUGUUAUAAGUGGAUCAGACACUGAAAGAAAAAUCUCCUGCUCAACCGCUAAUUAUCCAAUAAGGAAUCUCAUCUGGACAUUUAACCACAAAGAGAUCAUCCUGACACAGAGCGGAGAUGAAGGCCGCUACAUAACUUCAGAGAGGUGGAAGCAGCACGUGAUGACUGUAUCAAGGACAGGAAGUCUCAUGCUGAAGAAUUUAUCUUCAGACCAGACAGGAACAUACAAAUGUGAACUCAGUGAUGAAGAGGAAACAUACGUGAAAUACACCUUUCUUCACAUACCAAAAGACUGGACUGGAGUUAUUGUAGGAGUGGUGAUGGGUGUCCUGCUGGUGGUCUUGGUUUCUGGAGUCGUUGGUUACAAAUACAGGAAAAGGAGGAAGGAAAAGAGGAGGAAUAAAGGAGAUAAAGAGGAUGUUCUGGUUCUGGAUCAGCUGGGAAUGGAGGAGCACGGCUCAACAGAAGAGGUUCGACAGAAACUGGAUGUUCUGAAUCAGCUGGGCAUGGAGGAGCACGACUCAACAGAAGAGGUUCGACCAAAACUGAUUUCUAUAAAGGACAGCAGUGAAAUUCGGAACUCAGAGAGAACUAAGAUCUCAUCUGGAUACGAGGACAUGAUAUCUCAGAGUGACCUGAUCCGUCCAGGACGUCCAGCAGUCUACCAGCUGAAACCAAAAGCCCAAGAUAUUGGAACCCUGAAGAGACUGACCGUUGGUGAAAAGAACUUUACGAAAACAAAUAAAACCAUCCUACUUGUUGGUGAAACAGGAACAGGAAAAUCUACUCUGGUCAACGCUCUGGUCAACUACACCAUGGGAGUGAAGUUUAAGGAUAAAGUCUGGUUUCGGAUUGUAGAGGAUGAGAAGAAAAGUCAGGCAGAGAGUCAGACAUCAGAUGUGAUCGUCUACGAGAUCUUUGGGUUCGAGGAUAAAACUCUUCCCUUCUCUCUGACCAUCAUCGAUACUCCUGGGUAUGGAGACACCAGAGGGAAAGAGUACGAUGCCAUCAUCAAUCAGAGAUUGCUUGACUUGUUUGGAUCAGAGGAUGGAGUUCAUGAAAUGGACGCGGUUUGUCUGGUGCUGAAGGCGAGUGUGAAUCGAGUCAGUGACCGCAUGACGUACAUCUUUGACUCAGUGAUGUCUCUGUUUGGAAAAGACAUGGAGAAAAACAUCAUAGCUCUCAUAACGCACUCAGAUGGGAUGCCACCUGAAAAUGCUCUUCAGGCUCUUCUAGCAGCAAACAUUAAAUGUGCCAAAAAUGAGAAGAAUCAGCCGGUUCACUUCCUGUUCAAUAACCGUCAGGAGAAUCUGAGAGACAAAAAAACGAAGGUGCCUUUGGAGUACGCAUGGCGACAGACAACAAAGGGAAUGCAGCAAUUUUCUGAGUUCCUGAAGAAAACUGAAUCUCAGGAGCUGAAAACCACAGUGGAGGUUCUGAAGUCCCAACAACAACUGAUAGCAUCCAUCCACAACCUGCAAGAAAAAAUCAAGUCGACUGAGAAGAUGAAGGAGGAGAUUGACAAGACACAAAUGCAGCUGAAGUUAAAUGAGAGCCAACUGGAAAAUGAUGAAUACUUCACCAUUGAGGUGGAGGAGUCCUACAAAGAACUGGAGGAAUAUGGUGACGGAUGGUCAUGGUGGUCUCUUUCAUAUCAUGGAGUCACUCGCUGCGAAAGUUGUGAAGAAAACUGUCAUUGCCCAUGCACUGACACCUGGGGCGCCACAUAUUGUUUGGUCAUGGGAAUGAAUGGUUGCACCAUGUGUAAAUGUUCUGAUAGCCAACAUGUGAAAGACACACAGAGGUACGUCAUUAAGACCAGGAAGGUUAAGACAACCAUAGAAGGGCUGAAGAAAAAAUUCCAAGCAAAUGUGAAUGACACGUCUGGUCUUCUGGGUGUGCUAGAUGAGAAGAAGAAGGAGCACGAAGAAAAGAUAAAGCAGUUGGUGGAGGAGGCCUUCAGUCAUGUACAGAAGCUGCGAGAUUCUGCCAUGACCGUGAAAACCAUGUCUACCCAGGCAUAUCUGGGUUUUCUCAUCAAGAAGAUGCGGGAAUUUGGGAAAACAGCUGAGGUCCAGAUUCUGGAGGAGAUUGUCAGUCAGGUGGAGGAGGGAAGCAAAUCAUUGCUGGAAAAGACUUUUGGUUAACACUGUAACCAAGAAUCCACCAAGAAGAGUUAAAUAUUUUUAAACAUCAAUCAUCUUUUAGUUCCAGCAGACCGAGACGUUUUAAUUAAAUAUUAGCAUGUUUAAAGAGUUCAAGAAGAUUUAGUAGGAGUUGAUGAAGCUAGCUGAUCUCAUAUAAUCCAAACUGGCUUCAUGUGUUUUUAUAGUUUGAAUAUAUGUAAAAUAUACACUGUUGAGCAUAAAGUUGGAAUAGUUUGAUUUUCCUCUUUUUAUUUCUUAAUAAUUCACAUUAAUUUCAACUAUAAGAGGUGACAAAUGUUUUAAUGGACAACAGUGUAAAUGUACAGUAUUAAUGAGUAUUGAUCUUUGUAAUGGUUACUGAAGGACUCCAGGUGGUUUAGAAUAACGUUCAUCCCAUCGUCCCGUUUAAUCUUUCCAUAUACUGUAUGUUGUGUUCUUUAUAGCGUCGUUGUUUGGACACGUGAGGUGAGCCCGUCCUCUCCUGGCAGUGUGAUCGUAUGUGUACAAACAUCCUCUCUCUGAUGUUAGACGUUUUAUAAGCAUGUAUCAGGUGUGUAGGAGCCUAAAUGUAAUUUGAGUUGAUAUUUGGAUAAUAAUUCAAGUUCAUAUGUUAAUUGGUAAUUUUCAUUUAUUCUGAUAAAAAGGUUAUUUACAGUAUUUACAGAUUAAAAUGUAGACUAUUAGUAUUUACUAUAGGAAAAUAAUAGUUUGAUUCACUGCACUUGAAAUAGCAUUAUGUGUGAGGAUACGUUAUGUAAGGAACUGUGUAGGUGGGGCUACCUGAGGAGGCAUUCAGUCAGGGCAACAUGGAGUGGAGCCACAUAGUUUUUUGACCUCUCACUCUGUCUAGCUCUCUUUUUUAUUUUCUUAUCUUGGAUUAUGUUUGUAACGUUGUUUAUUUUUGAAGAAAACAGUUGAACUUAAUCAAGAGGAUCCUGUGGAUCCAUAAAUGAGUACCCAGCGUCAAGCUUAAGGCUUCAUUAAUCAGGAAGCUACAAGGUGUAUUGAUUCAGUAUCGAU